CCUUCUCCUUCCUUUCUUCUGCUGACCUCGAAAGUCCACCACCGCCAUAGACCAGCGAAGCGAGAGAUAAGGAGGAAUACAGAUCGAAGAGGAGAGGAGAGGAGAGACGGAGAAUAUGGCGUCCAUGGCCAGAUCCGCAAGGCCUCUCCUCGGAUUGGCGUUGGCGUUAUCUCUCAUGGCCGUCGUCCCUUCCGCGAGCGGUGAGAUCCGGGAGAUGGAGGUCCGAUCCGACGCCCGAUCCAUCAUCCCCUUCGACGAUUUCGGCUUCAGUCGCCGUGGCGGCCUGGAGCUCAACGUCUCCGGCGUCUCCUUCGCCGACAGCGAAGGUGAUGUUGCCCUCUCCCGGCUGGGGUUCUUCCUUUGCACCCGCGACGCCUGGCCCCGCGUCCUGCGCCAGAUCCAUGACCAAAACAUCACCUGCGCCCUCCAGUCGGAGCUCGUCCGCGUCGUCUCCUACUUCGACCGCCUCGUUCCCCCUCCCAACCCCUCCGGCGUCGACGUCGCUCGAUCCACCUCAUUCCGCGUCGCCCUCAACAUUACCAACAGUACCCAGUUCACUCUCCUCUUCGCCAACUGCCUCCCCCAUCUCCGCGUCUCCAUGUCCGUCCGAUCCGCCAUGUUCAACCUCCCUGAACCCUCUCGCCGCGCAUACCUCUCUGCCGGCGCGGGCGCGCUCCCACUCAUAUACUCCGUCCUUUUCUUCGCCUACGCCUCCUUCGCCGUCGCUUGGGCCGCCAUUCUCUUCCGCCGCCAAUCCGCCGUCUUCCGCAUCCACUACUUCAUGCUCGCGGUCGUCGUUCUCAAAGCCUUGAAUCUCCUCUGCGAGGCCGAGGACAAAUCCUACAUCGACCGCACCGGAUCCGCCCAUGGCUGGGACGUCCUCUUCUACAUCUUCAGCUUCCUCAAGGGGAUUUCCCUCUUCACCCUCAUCGUCCUCAUCGGCACCGGCUGGUCUUUCCUCAAACCCUACCUCCAGGACCGCGAGAAGAGGGUGCUCUUGGCCGUCAUCCCCCUCCAGGUCGUGGCCAACAUCGCCCAGGUCGCCAUCGACGAGUCUGGACCCUACUCUGUCGACUGGGUCACCUGGAAGCAGGUCUUCCUCCUCGUCGACGUCGUCUGCUGCUGCGCCGUCCUUUUCCCCAUCGUCUGGUCCAUCAAAAACCUCCGGGAGGCCGCCAGGACCGACGGGAAGGCCGCCGUGAACCUCAUGAAGCUCACCCUUUUCCGACAUUACUACAUCGUCGUCAUCUGCUACAUCUACUUCACCAGGGUGGGAGUCUACGCUCUCGGCAACCUCAUCUCCUACCGCUACCUGUGGAGCAGCGUUGUCGCCGGAGAGCUCGCCACGCUAGCCUUCUACGUCUUCACCGGGUACAAGUUCAGGCCGGCGGCGCACAACCCCUACUUGGCCAUCGACGACGACGACGAGGAGGCUGCUGCGGAGGCGCUCAAGCUCGACGACGAUGCCUUCGAAUUGUGAUGAAGAUUCAUUCAUUCUUCUGCUCAGAUUACUUGCAAACUGAAAAACAAAAGGGUGGGAUUUUGUCUCCAUUCUUCAGUAGUUCAUAACUUCAUAUUAUAGAAAUUCCUAGCAGUCAUUUAACAGUGCAAAAGUAUAAUAAUCAGAAAAUUGUAUCAAAUGUCUGUUUACUAUUGAUUUGUCUUGUUCAUGUUUCUCAAUGACGUUGUCACAUUUAUCUUAAUAGAAAUUUAUCAUUCAUUUCUUUGUUCA